UUCUUUCUUCUUUUUUACUUCCAACCUUGUGUCGUUUUCAAAAAUCUCACCAAGUUGAGAAUCUACAUUUUCAGUAACUGCUGUCCCUAAAGUGCGACUCGUGUCACAGGUGGAGUGGCAAUGUCCACUGGCUCUGCUGCAAGCGAUGCUGAGGACUAUGAGAUGUGCCACAGAAGGACCGCCAGCUCGUUGGAGAGGAACGAGCGGAAGCUUUCCUGCUAUAACCCCGACCGGUACUCAGAUGAGGAGAUGGAGGAGGAUGCCAAGGAGGAGAGGACCAAGCACGAGCGCAAACUCUCCAGGGCACAGCAGAAGGAAGCGCGACAGUCGCAGAGGAACGCGGCCAACUCCAGGGAGAGGACGCGGAUGAGAGUGCUGAGCAAAGCGUUCUCCAGGCUGAAGACCAGCCUGCCCUGGGUACCAGCGGACACCAAACUGUCCAAAUUGGACACGCUUCGCCUCGCCUCGAGCUACAUCGCUCACCUGAGACAGAUUCUGCAUGACGACCGAUUCGAGAACAGCUUUCUACACCCAGUCAACCUGACCUGGCCAUUUAUGGUGACAGGCCGAUCUGAGGACAGCCAAGACAUCUCACCCACUGUGAGACUAUGUGGAGCAACUGCAUAGGACUCCCUCCUUCAAACAGCAGCUCUGGUUCUGACAAUAUGAAACCACCCUGUCCAUCGUUGGGAGGCUGCCAGUCGCUCAGUCUCCUCCUCAAUGUCCUGCAGCAAUGACUUUGAACUCAAAUCCAACUCAAGCUUUAAUACGCUGAGGAUCGUGCCAUUCAGCAUGUCAGAACGAGAAAGACUACAAGUUGUUUUCAGCUAUGUAGUUUCUUGUGUGCAAGCUUGUUGGUGUUAUUAACUGGUCUGAGAGUGCAACAUCCCCUCUCAACUCAAAAUGAUGUCUGUUACUUUGACCUGACUUCAUUGCAAUCAGGAAGCUAACUUGUAGCAGGAUUCUUCUAUAUUAUGUAUUCAGUAUUUAUUGCGUUCGUGAUAUGAUUGAACUUUUUAUAUAUUUGCAUUUCAGAUAAAAAUAAAAAUAAUACUUAUA